AUGGAAUUGUCUAUGAUGUUUAAUCACUCUAUUAUGGUGUGGAUACGCAACGAACCUGUGAUAAGUGAAGCACUGAAGCCCGCACUUCCUCACAUACUUGAUCAUGCGGGCAAAGGUAACGCCGCAACAAUUACUUCUAAAAAAGAAUCACCAGGAUCGUAUUGUGGCGAAAUUGAACAACCGCAAACAUUCUUGUCAGAAACGAGUUCAGUUCGAGUUAUUUUUCAGACAAAUAACUUUACAGAUCAAACUUAUUACAGUUUCGAUUCAAGAGCUGAACAGGAAACUCAAGUUUACUUACGAUAUGGACAGCAUCCGGAACUCUAUCCAAAUAGAAGAGGAUUGUUGAACCCUGGGAGCUAUUGUGAUAGGACAUUUAAAGAAUGUCGACUGCAAACGUGUUAUGUCCAAAGUCCAGCGUAUCCAGGAGUGUAUCCGAGAAAUCUUAAGUGCAAUUAUUGGCUGAACACUAAAAAUCCGUUUAUCCGUCUGUACAUACAAAAUGAAGAAUUCAACGUGGACGGUCAGCGAUGUGAAAAUAUAAUCACAUGCCCUAUGAGACCGAUAACUUCAGGAGCCGAGUAUUGCCCAUAUGAUUAUAUAAAAAUAUAUGACGGUAAAAACGCAUCAAGCCCAGAAAUUGGAACUUUUUGUGGAAUGGGCAAAUUUCCUCAUUCAAUUGUCGGUACGAGUGAAGACUUAUUUGUGGAGUUUGUAACAUCAACAGCAGGCCCGCUUUUAAAUACUGGCUUUCAUUUUAACGUUGGUAAUAUGCCCGGCCACAUGCAGACCGCCGGUGACAAAAACGGUACUUGCGAUUGGAUUCUAUCGAGUGAACAUCUGAGCAGAGAUCACCACACCGAAGGGAUAUUCAUGUCGAUCGCUCACUGGUAUCCUCCACACACCUCCUGCACUUAUCAUUUACUUGGGCUGCCGAAUCAAGUGGUCCGAGUUUAUUUUCCCAGCUUUCGAGUAAAUAGCAUCGAGAGUCCUGUGAAGAGCGACUGGACCGGCGACUGCGGGGAAAGCUUAACCCUCUACGAUGCCGCGGAACCGGACGAUACGAGAAUCAUUAAAACGUUUUGUGACACGUUUUCUAAGCCGGCCGAAAAACACGAUUUCAUAUCGACGGGAAAUUCCAUGUUUAUCCGAUUUGAAAGCAAGACCGGCAGUUAUUCAGGGUCGUCGUUGUACUAUUGGGCUCACUAUGACUUUUUCAACAACACGAAAUUCGGUACUGCAAUACCAGAUACAGUGUGCGACGAAGAAUUCGUCAGUUGGAAACCAUCGUCGGGGUAUUUCAGAUCACCAGUGAACACGCUGGUCUACAAACGACAAGGGACAGUUACGGAUCCUGAUGCUAAAUCUCAACCAAUUAUUUGUCGUUAUAAAUUUACAACAGACGUGCGGUUAUUUGCCCGAAUUGUAUUGAGAAUUGAGUCUAUUAAAUUCAAGGACAACAAUUAUAAAACGCCCAUUGAAAAGGACAACGACUGUUGGUACAGCGAACGCGACAAGCUACUGGUAUGGGAGCCGGAGGAGAUCGACGCAGGUUUCGGGCUGAACCGGACGAUUAUCAAUCAAUCGAACACCAACAACGGUCUGUGUUUGUUCAGCAACGUAAACAAAACGAGAACAAAGCCGUCGGACCCGCACGCUGGCGAAAUAAAAUUCGUCUCGUCGGGAAACUCGUUGAACGUCGAGUUGAAUCUAAACCCCCAGCACGCGGCCAUGAGCUAUUUCAAGUACGACGUGCCCUUGUUCGAGGCCAGAUACGAAUUCGUGCACGGUCCUCUGUGCGGCCCCUCCGUCAUACAGCCUGUCGACGAAGGCGAACUCUUGUUUCCGCGGUUCGACGCCAUGGGAUUUGUGGAGCCACCGAAAACCCUCGAAUGUAUUUGGGAGAUACGCGUUCACGAGGACCGGGAUCUGUGGUUACAUUUUAAUCAGGUGAACUUCGUGACGGACGACUGUCAGGACGGCCGGCUGGAGGUGUACUUGCCGUCCAGGUCGGUGGACUACCCGUUCAUGUCGGCGUGCGGUCACAACUCCACGGCGCUCAAAGACCUGCCGCUGUUGACUUCCAAGGACGUCGAAGAGGCCGCCGUCAAGUCGUCAUCGACGGUGGGCGGCACGGAGUCUCAGAGGCACGACAAUCGGUCGCGGCGGCGGAAUCGACAGCGGCGGCGCUACGUGCACGUCCGGUUCGUGGGCAACGCUUACCCGCACAAGGCGCAGUUCAAGAUCGCGUGGUCCGAGCUGAGCCAUUUGCCGCGGAACCCGGACGGAACUCCGCGCGCCGCCCGGCGGACGUCAGACUCCGACGACGAGUGCGCGUUCCUGUGCCCAGGCGACGAGCGACUGUGCCUGCCCGCCCGGGCCGUGUGCAACGGCGUGGUCAACUGUCCGGGUGCACCCAACGACGAAUCGCCGGCCACGUGCGACCGCUGGAACCACGGGUCCGCUGCGUCCACCGACGUGGGUGGCCGAGGGGCCCCGGCUGCCGUCGCUCUGUUCGCCGCCGUCACCGCGGCCAUAGUCGUCUUCGGUGCGGCCCUGUUCGCGGCCAGCACGUACUGUCGCCGCCGCCGCGAACUGCUUCGAAGUGGCCGAUCCGCGGCGUCCGGUCGCCGAGCGAUGGCCGUGAGUGGCAGGUCGACCGACCGCAUAUAUUCUACGGACUACUAG